GAGACAUCACACAGAGAAUUAGGGGAGUGAAGCAGCUGCAUUCCUAUAGAUAAGAGGAGGGGGAGGUGAGGGACCAGAGGAGGAGAGGAUGGGAGCCAUUUGGAAGGAAAGACUCGGAGAGGAGACACAGAGGUCCAUGCCCCGCUCAGAGGUCAGCCUGGCAGCCAUGGGUAAAGAUACACCAACCCUGCCACCCCCUUACACCCCGCCGCCCCCGGUCCCCAGGGAACCCCUGGAUUGCUGGGCUUGUGCCGUCCUCAUCACCUGGCACAACCUGCUAGUGGGUGCUGCCAACUUGGGCAUCUUCAUCGUGAUGUGCGGAGGAGCCCUUCUACCAUCUGCUGUCAUGCUGCUUUAUGGAUUCCUGUGCCACCCAAAGUUCCGCCAGCCGAAGGAGACCCUCUGCCCGGCCAUCAUGACCCCGGCGGCCUGCAUAGCCCUGCUAGUCUUCGGAAUCGCCUUGCUCCUGCCCUUCCUCAUCCUCGGCCUGGCCGGCUACGCCCGCAUCGUCCGCGGCUUCCGCCUCGGCUCCUGCUUCCUGCCCUACAGCCGGGCCAUGUACCAGGGAGGCGACGUCCAGAGGACCCCGGCCAAGGAGACCCCCAAACAGAGCAAGGCCUGGGUGUGA